UACCAGAGUUUCUCCUGUUUAUCGUCAGUCAGAAAGCGCUUUGUGCUGUGUGAGCUGGAUGGUUCAGUGACAGUUUCUUCAGUUCUUCAUCAGACUCAGCAGCGAGUAUUCAACAUCUUAGGAGGAAGAGAUCCAUCAUCAGCUCAGACUGCUGGUACCAGCUGGAAACCCCAACCAAAUCAGCUCGGAACCUCCGGGUCUUCUGCAGCAUCAUGUCUGUUACUACAUGGAGGGUUGUUGCCGAUCACUUUCUCAUAAAUGAAGAAAGGAACUCUACUCUGGAUCAAAAGAUGUCAGACACUGUAGAUUUAAACAAGGAACACGAGGAAUCAGAACGACAGCAAAUCAAUGAAACGAAAGAGGAACCAGAACCUCAAUCUAUUACUGAAAAACAGGAUGAAAAGUCACUUUUAGUGAAGCAGGAGACCAACACUUCUAUAGUGAGUUCUGUUGACGAGCACAUAGUCCACAAUGUACCGGAGGUGAAGAUAGUCCAGAUUAAAGAGGAACAGAAGCAAAUCUCCAAGGAUCUGGAUGGACAUUUUGUAAUGAAGCAAGAGAGUGACUCCUUAAGGUUGACUCCUAAAUCUGACAAAAUCUACCACCAAGAACCACAACUUGAAAAUACGGAACCAGAGGAGCCAAAACAGAUCAUUGAGGUGACAGAGGAACCAGAAGCUUGGCAAGUAAAAGAUGAACAAGUUGAACUCUACGUCUUUCAGGAUGUAGGGGAAGUUUUGGUGAAACGGGAUGCUAGUCGCUGUACUCAGAUUCCUCCCGUAAAUCAAAAAGACUCCAGUGAAACAAUUAAGAAUCAUCGACCAUCUUCUACGCCCCCUGAAGCUGAACACCAACAACAGCAAGUUAUCAAUCAUCAAGGCUCCGGAUCAAAUAAUAAAAGAAUGCUGAAGGAGAAAAGACACAAAAAAUACAGAAAACAAGGUGACAACAUGGACAACACAAAGCUAAAAAGACAUAAAAAAAAAUUACCUUUAUGUGACGUAUGUGGCAAAUGUUUCACCACUCGACAAAUCCUAACCGUACAUAUGAGGACUCAUACAGGAGAGAAGCCUUUUGCUUGCAAACUAUGUGAUAAAUCUUUCAUUAACAGCAGUAAUUUGAUUUGUCACAUGCGAACGCACACAGGUGAGAAGCCUUUCUCCUGUGGGACCUGUGGGAAAGGUUUCCCCAGGCAACCUGCCCUGACUGCACACAUGAGAACUCACACAGGUGAGAAGCCAUAUCCCUGUGAGUUGUGUGAAAAAGCCUAUCGAGAUCGUAGUAAUUUGGUACGACACAUGAGAACGCAUACUGGUGAGAAACCUUAUUCCUGUAAAGUUUGUGGUAAAUCCUACAGUGGCAGUAGUCAGUUGGCUUAUCACAUAACAACGCACACAGGUGAGAAGCCUUUCUCAUGUCUGACUUGUGGAAAAGCUUUCAACAAGCAAAGCACCUUGACUGUCCACAUGAGAACUCACACGGGUGAGAAACCGUACUCCUGUGACAUGUGUGAGAAAUCUUUUCGAGAGAAUAACGAUUUGACUUGUCACAUGAGGACGCACACGGGUGAAAAGCCAUAUUCCUGCGAAUUGUGUGAGAAAUCUUUCAGAUGGAGAAAUGUUCUCAAUCGACACAUGAGAACUCACAGAUAAGAUGCAAUCUUGUCAUGAAUUAUGUGAUGAAUUCUUUGCUGUCAGAAAACCUUUUUACAAAACUAUUAAUGUUGUGCCGUCCUUUCAGGUCUUCUGCAGCAUCAUGUCUGUUACUACAUGAUGCUGGUGAAAAUACUACUUGUUACUUAGAAUCAGAAUCAUUUCAGAAUCAGAAUACUUUUAUUUUUAUAACUUAUUUUCAAAAGAGUCCAACCUCUAUAUUGGACUGUUUGGAGUUGCAGAACAGAAUAAUUUUGAAUAUUCAAAACGAUUGAAUAAUCAUUUUGUAAAAGCGCUUGAGUAUAUUUAAAACUAAAACAUGGCUUUAAAUCUGGAAAACUGUGUGACACUGAACAAAUCCAAGCAUUUUCUGAUGUUAGUGGUAUUUGUUGCUCAUUUUAUCAUAGCCAAUUACAUAGUUUUAUAUAUUUUGAUGAAUUUAAAAGUGAUCAUGGAUCUGCUUCGUGCAAUAAUUUUCACAUCAACAGCAGUUUCCCAGUCAAGCCAGCAGGUGUCGCCAGCGUUCAGCUGUCAGUUGAUUCUACGGUCAGUUCUCUUGUAUUUGUGUGCAGCUGUUGCUCAUGAUCCUCAAACUGCUUCUAUUUGAUUUAUUUAAUUCAUAGAAACUUUA